CUAUUUCCCCUACCCCUCAGGGUCUAUAAAUCAGGUAGCACUCCCUAACAUUUUUCUUCACAACUCUGCUUCACUUCACACCCCUCCUCUCUCUCUUUUGCUCAUUUCCUUUGACUCCUCAUUAUCAAAGAAAAUGGCUCUCAUUGGGUUGCUCUUGAUGGGUUUUCUCACAAUGUUCUCCUCUGCUCAUGCCUAUGGUGGAGGGUGGACUAAUGCUCAUGCCACCUUCUAUGGAGGGAGUGAUGCAUCUGGGACAAUGGGUGGGGCAUGUGGGUAUGGGAAUCUCUACAGCCAAGGGUAUGGAACAAACACUGCUGCUCUAAGCACUGCACUGUUCAACAAUGGCUUGAGCUGUGGCUCUUGCUAUGAGAUUAGGUGUGCCAAUGACCACAGGUGGUGCCUUCCAGGUUCUAUUGUGGUCACUGCCACCAAUUUCUGUCCUCCAAACAAUGCCUUGCCCAACAACAAUGGUGGCUGGUGUAACCCUCCUCUCCAACACUUUGACCUAGCUCAACCUGUCUUCCUACGCAUUGCUCAGUACAAAGCUGGAAUUGUCCCUGUCUCCUACAGAAGGGUGGCUUGUAGGAGGAAGGGAGGGAUCAGGUUCACAAUCAAUGGACACUCCUACUUCAACCUAGUUCUCAUCACAAACGUUGGUGGUGCUGGUGAUGUGCAUUCUGUUUCAAUCAAGGGUUCAAGAACUGGUUGGAUGCCAAUGUCAAGAAACUGGGGUCAGAACUGGCAGAGCAAUAACUACCUCGAUGGUCAAAGCCUCUCCUUUAAGGUCACCACAAGUGAUGGCAGAACUAUUGUGUCCAACAAUGUUGCCCCAUCUGGCUGGUCCUUUGGCCAAACCUACACUGGUGCUCAAUUCCGCUAGAUCUUGUUGUCCAAAGUUCUAAGUCACACAUUCAAAUACUACUACUAUAUAGCAUAAUAGAUAUAUGGUAUUAGUAUGUUCUAAGAGUAUUAUUAUUAUGAGUUUAUGAUGACUGGUUAGUAUACUAGGGUAUUAGAUAGUAUGCUGCUAGGGGAAGGGGUCAGUUUUUUGGUAAUUUUAGAAGGCCAGGGAAUUAAGAUUUAAGAAGGGGUAUGUUUUAAAUUGCUCCUUCAUUUUAAUUUUAAUUUCUUUUGUGUCAACAAGUGGGGACCUAUUUUUUUAGGCCCUUCUUGAUUACAGGGGUGUUUUUUUAUAUAACUUUUUCAGAAGUGUUUUUUUGAACCUUCGGUGGCUGAAGAGAAGAAGCUAGUGAAGGUGGAGUUCUUUUUUAUGGGUGAGGUACUAAAUUGGAAGAGGUGGACUUUGUUGUUACCACCCGCCAAUUAGUAUUGGGAUAGUGUGUUUUUCAUUUUGGUGUUGUUAUUGGCAGUUUUAUUAAGUGUUGUUUGCUUUUUAUUACUGAUCCUUUUGUAAUCAGCCUGGGCUGUGUGUCUUCGGUUGUGUUGGAGACUGAAAAUGUAAAUUUUCUUGAAAGGAAAGUUACUGUAGUUACUAGUAAUAUUUCCUUUUUAUUUCUUAAUUGCUAAUUGUUAUAUUUAUUUUA